CCACCCGUCGUUCCUCCCCAGUAUACGCAACAUACAUGCACCGCGCGCGCUCCCUAGCCAUCGCAACGACCGCCGCGGUACUACUGAGCCACCUCCCCGCUCUAGUAGCCGCUCACGGCUCCGGGUCCGGCCACGAUGACACAGACACAAACGGCAUGAACGGCAUGGAUCAACCGUCCGUGACCGCGCACCCACCUGCUCCGCCGCCAGACAUGCCCUCAAGCUACUGGAGUCUGACCUCGCAUACAAGCCUGAUGUACGCGCACAUUUUCAGCAUGCCGUAAUGCUCAGCAUCGCAAAAUCACGCCUCACGCUCCCCGCGCAGACUCUUUUCCUAGCUUCGAACGCGCUCGGUCUGGUUCUCGGCGCGGUAUACGCGCGGCGCACGCCGGAGCUGUACGCGCACAACUCGCACGGCAGGCUGGGCUGGGUGCUGAGCUGGAUUGUGAGCGCGUGGGUGGUGCUGGGCUUGGUGAGGAGGUAUGGCGCGCGGGCGGCGAGGGCGGAGCAGCAGGGUGUUGGCGCGGCGACGCAUCCUGUGUCUGUUGCUGCGCUGGCGCAGUAUACGCGUGUGCAGCAGGCUCCGACUUUGCAUUCUGCCUCACCCUCACCCUCUCCCGGCGGCGAGGCGCGGUGGUCGCGCGAUUCGGGGCAGGGCACGGAGCGGGGUUCGGAGUCGUUGUUUGGUCAUUCGCGCUCGCCGAGUGAUUUGUCUGAGACGCGGCGCUUUGAGGUGCCGGGGCAGCGCUAUGAUCAUGGUCAUGAUGAGGAUGACGACGAAGACGAGUUCGACGGUGAUGCGGAGAAGAAGGGGUUCCUGCGGAAUGCGGCCGUGGAUCGGUUCCUGACGGGCAAGCUGGCCGGGUUCGUGUCGUGCCGGCGUACGCUGCAGGUAGUCAACUUCCUGUAUAUUGCUGUGGAGCGCACGAUCCCCAUUCUCGGCUUCGUGGCCAUUUCCACCGGCGCCAUUGUGCUCGGUGGCAUCGCUCGCGGCGGCGCCGUGUUCAACGUGCUCGCACACUUCAUCAAGGGCGGCAUCUUCUUCUGGUACGGCGUGCUGACGCUCGGCCGCUGGCUCGGCAGCUUUGCCGACGCCGGGUGGGCUUGGAACGUCAAGCCGCCGCCGGGCGAAUUGGUCGGGCGUCGAUGCGCUGCGCUGCCGACGGCCGAGUUCACCGAGUCGUUUGUCAUCUUCCUCUACGGGUCCACGAAUGUCUUUCUCGAGCAUCUGGCGGCGUGGGGCGAUGCGUGGACGCCGCAGGACCUGGAGCACGUUUCCAUUUCCGUCAUGUUCUUCGGAGGGGGCUUGCUCGGAAUGCUCGUCGAAUCAACGCGCAUCCGUGGAUUGCUGAAUGCGUACAUUCUCCAGACAAACAAGCACACGUCCAGCGAUACAGCAACAACAGCCUUCACGCCUCCCAAAACCUACAAAGUCUCCCUGAACCCCAUCCCGGCCCUAAUCAUCCUGCUGCUAGGCGUCAUGAUGUCGUCGCACCACCAAGACUCGAUGCUCUCGACAAUGGUGCACAAGCAAUGGGGCACAAUGUUUGUCGGAUUCGCGCUCGCCCGCGCCGUCACCUACAUGCUCGUCUAUCUCGCGCCGCCGACGUCCUAUCUGCCGAGCCGGCCGCCGAGCGAGCUCAUCAGCGCCUUCUGCCUGACGGCCGGCGGCAUCACCUUCAUCCUCAGCAACAAGGACACGGUCGCGUGCAUGGAGCAGUACGGCCUGGACGCCAUGUUUACCUUUACUGUUACCGUUGGCCUUACAUGUCUCGUGCUGUCCUGGGCUACGGUGCUCUGUGCGAUCAAGGGCUGGGCUACGCGUCGGGAGCAUCCGCGGCAGGUGGCGUUCCUGACGCGGGAGGUGGGCAUGCCUGCGUGAGGGGAGCUUGCUGGGUGUUGUGAUUUGGGGUUUUAUUCUGCAUUUUAGCGUUCUUCUUUGUUUGUUUUCCGUUUGCGACGCUCCUUUUAGCAUGCAUGGCGGUGUUGGAGCGCAGCGUUUUGCAUGACAUGAGUUGAUUUUUUAUGAUACCACUGCCGCGAAUAGAACGCGUGCUUUUUCGACGAGGUGGCUUGUAGAUGAUUG